AUGACUUCAGGGGGGCAGCAUGUCUCCCUUAGCCUGUCGACAACCAAGAAGAAGGUCAGACGGGGGCAGCAGCGCGCUCUGAAGCGACGAACGAAUCCGCCUGGACAGCAAGAGAAGAAGAAGCGAGGCGCCUGAACGGGUGCGCUGAUGUGAUGCCGGUCCAUGUGAUCGCAAAGGGAACAGGACCUGGUAUUCAGGUACCGGCACACCUGAAGAGGAUCCUGGUCUCUGCUAUCAGCAGCAGCACAAGCUGCUUUGAUUUGUCUGUAAAGGGUAAAGUCAUUCAAAAGGGGCCGCUGGUGUCCUUAGAGGAUGGAAACGCCAUCCUGAAGACUGUGAUUGAAGAUGGAGCGUCUCAGCCGAACACCUCAUCCUGCAGUCAGUCCAUCAAUGUGGUUCUUCGAGGAGCGCUGGCUGAAGACUUCUCCAGAGCCGUCAGUCAGGGGGAUGAGGUGGUGGUCUCGGGCUUCACGGUGGGAAAGUCUCCCACUGUUCUUAAAGACAAGCUGCACUCGUGGAACCUGCUGCUGUCUGGAGACGACGCCUGUGUCUAUGUCUCCCAUCUCCAGGCUCCGGCGUCCAGCAAGAGGAGCGUGGCGCUCACUGCUGAGGUUUCCAGGAUGGCCAAGGCUCCAAAGUACACAUAUGUCGGCUUGGGCAACCUGAAGCCUGGCACUGUCGUCAAUGUCUACGGUGUGGUCAUCUUCUUUAAACCGCCCUUCAAGAGCCGUGGCACAGAUUUCUGCUCCUCAUUGAAGAUCAUUGAUCAGUCCAACCAGAAGGUCUGCUGCACCAUCUUCCGUAAGAAGCUCGAGGACCAUCCCAAAAUCUUCCAGAUCGGUGACAUUGUGCGCCUGCACAGAGUCAAGACUAGCCUGUUCGGCGACUCUGUCACGCUGGUUAACACCUUCGGCUUCUCCGUGGUGACACUGGACGGGAUGGUGGGUGGAGCCAUGGAGCCCCGAACCUCCAGCGCCACCUUCCACUUCGACCAGGAGGACCGUGGCAUAGUGGAAGAGCUCCGAUCCUGGUCCUGCAGCCAGGCCGUGGUCCCAGUGCUUCCCUCGGUCCCUCUGUCCGCUGUCCAGCCCAAAGCCUACUUUGACCUGACCUGCCAGCUGCUGUCCACCACCCGCAUUGACAACACGUGCACAUUGCUGAGGGUCUGGGACGGGACCAGGUGUCCUCACACUCUGCUGAAGGUGACCACGGAACCACAGCACGUAGACACGUCCUCAUCCUCCAAGGAGAGAAGGAAUCUCAUCGCCAGUGUCCUUGCCUAUGACAAUCAUGUAGUGUUCGCCCAACAGCUGCAGCCGGGGGCCUUUGUGAGGAUCUAUAACCUGCGAGCGAUCCCUGGGAGCAGUAAGGUGCCUGGCCUCGGUGAGAGCCAGCCGGAGGUGGACCACCUGGCUUUUCACCUGCACGGGGGGACGGCCUAUGGGAGGGGCAUCCGGGUUCUUCCAGAAAACAGUCCUGAUGUGGAGAAGCUGAAGAUGGUCCUUGAAGCCGUCAGCGAGGAUGAAGACAGCGACUCUGAACUGAGUGACUCGUCGAUGUUGGUCUGGAGUACACCGCCCGAGUACCUCGAUCCUCACUUGGUGGACUGCCACACAGAGCGGUGCUGCCGUCAUGCUGUGCCUGCAGUGACGCUGGACGAGCUGAAGAAGGCCAAAGCCGGUGGAACGCACCACCUCAAGGUCCAGCUGAGGUCCUAUGAGCCGCGCAGACUCCACCAGGCCCUGAAGCUCUAUUGCAGCAAGUGCACGUCCCUGCAGAAUGUGCCAGAUGAGGAUCUCAUUGCAGAUCUCUUCUCAGAGGCUUGCAGAGACUUGGGGCCCUACAGCAUGCCGCCGUGGGCAGUUUGUGGCCAAGUUGCAUGCCCCGGAUCACCCAGCCGAGCCCUCAGCCUUCAUUUUUCCAGUCAGCUGAUAUCUGAGGGCAGAACUAAGGAGCUCUUCUUCCUCAUGGGUUCCACGCUGGAAGAAACGUGUCAGCUGGCGAGCGGGUAUCAGAACAUUGUCCCUGUCAGGGCGUUGGGAGGUCGCCUUGUUCCACUCGACCUCACCGCACCUUUCCUCUUCCGGGGCAGGAGGCGAUACUACGGGUGUCGACGGUGCUCUGAAGCUGAUCUAAAGGAGCCCAGUGUCGACGGAGUCGAGGUGAUCGAUGAAAAGAUUGUCGCUGAAGCUCUCUGCGUUCAGUUGCUGCAGUUUGUGCUGGUGAUGAAGCUGCAGCUGCAGGAUGCCACGGACACGCUGGACGUCUUCCUGUGGAGAGAUGCUGAGUUGUUCUUCGGGGUGUCGGCAGAGGACGUAGCAGGCAAUCAGGAGGCACAGGACUCUGUCCGUCAAACUGUGAACGCCCUGUGUCCAGCAGGGGGCAGUGCAGCCGAGCGUCCAUGGUUGGACGUUUGCCUGACUGCAUACCAAGUGGAGGAUGGUGGCCAGUAUCAAACCUGCUACCAGAUCUGUCAAACCAGAGUUACCUCAACGCCCUGCACAUGAUCCAAGUCCACCUGAAGGUCACCGAUAAAACGUUUUAUUUUUCUACUUGUUUUAAGGUGUUGAUGUCCCAGUCUGAGUCCCUGCUCUGACUCAGGGUCACAUCCAGAAUUUAAAAUUCAUUGAGAAAUAAAUAAGUACGAAGACUUAAUAAAAUGUCCAAAGUUCUUCACUCACCUGGACACGGCGUCCAGCUCUACAGAUGAGAUAAUUUAGUUUAGUCCAUCUCAGCCUUGUGUCUCCCGUCUGGAUUUAAAAUAGAGAAUAUAAUAAAAACUGACUCUGAGUUUUGGGCAUUUUAUUAAUUCUUCAAAUUGUGUCAAUUUGGUUUGUUUGUGUUUAUUUCUGAACAGAUUUUAAAUUUGAGGAUGUCAAGAAUUUUGAGCAGAACUGUGAAAUAAAUGUGCAAAUAAAAUGUUCUUUUUAUCUGCUGUGUAGAAUGUAACAUUUUACUCUGAACCUUGCACCUUUUCAAAAUAAAAGCCUUUGU